AUGCGUCCCGCUACUCUCCUCAGCGCUCUUACCUUUGCCACAUUCUCGGCAGCGGCGGUCAUCGACAGCCAGGGCAGUGCUGCCAUUGUUGCCCGCGGUCAUGAGAUUGAGGCUCGUGGCGACUCCUCCUUGCCCCUUAAUCAACACUUUGAAAAGAGACACCUCACUCCUCGCUGGGAGGAUGGCAGUGAGACCUUUGGGUGGCCUGCAGACUCGGUCGGCCGUGGCACCGUCGACUACCAAUUUGUGGUGACCAACCUCGGCAACAACAAGUUCCGCGUUCAACUCUACCACAGCGGCCCUGCCAACGGCCGAGAUGUCAGAUACACCUUUACCGCACCUGGCAUCUCAAUUGUCAAGACUCUGAAGCCGCGCAGCUCUACCUCUUUCGAAGUGGCCAAGUCUGGUGAUGGCUUCCAGGUCAAAAUUGAGCGUCCUUGA